AGCUUCUACAGUGGCUGUUGCCGAGUUUACUGACGUGUGUGUCAGAGAGCGCGCGCGCGUGUUGGUGGUGUUGGUAGAUGUGAGCGUGCCCGUGUUGUUCAGUCAGUGCAGUAAUAAUGGUGUAAAAGCGCGAGGUCUGAUUUAUUCACGGCACUGCGUGCUUUAGGCUGGAGCUGUGUGUGUUUGUGUGUGUGUGUGUUUGAGCUGCUGGAGGAAGUUUGCUGUGCGGCUCGCUUUGCGUCGUUCUGCUUUAGUAACAGAGAAGAGAGAAGAGACUCGGCUCGAUAUGAAAGUUGGGUUCGGGUCUGUGGUGAUCAGCGCUGGAGUUACUGGGAUCCUCAGCUUCUGCUUUCUGGCGCUCGCAAUAGGAACCGAGUACUGGUAUAUUAUAGAGGACAAGCGCUCAAACCACACAGACAACAACCACCUGCAUUCUGGACUGUGGGGCGUCAGUGAUGAUGUACAGCCCUUUUCAGAGCCCCCUCCCAGCCUUUCAGACUCGGAAAUACACAUGCAGAACAUGCAUAAUGUGAUUGCCAUUCUGCUGCCUCUGAGUCUGGUGCUGUUAGUGUUUGGAGGAAUAUGUGGUCUGGUCAGCUCUCUGGCCCGGAGUAGAGCUCUCCUCAUGGGUGCUGCCUCCUAUUUUCUCCUCUGCAGUCUUCUUACACUCUCUGGUGUAAGUCUGUACAUCACGUAUUCCCAGCAGGCUCUGGAGAUGACAGAGAGGAGGAUGGGGCCGGAGCAGAUGGCUCUGGUUCACACGUCGUUCGGCUGGUCAAUGGGCAUGGCCUGGCUGUCCUUUAUUCUGGAAGUGAUAACAGGUUUUCUCCUGCUGAUUUCUGCCAGGAUGGCCCAAUUAAUCCAGUACCAGGAGACUGUGGCCCCCAUAUAGGAGACAUAUUUCUCCAGUUCAAAGCACUGUUAUUAUAUGAGGUAAUUUCUCUGUGUGUGUUUGCCAAGUUAAAAAGUGCACGUACUUGUGUUAGCACACAUUGUACAUUAUUUCUUUUACUAAGUAAGUACUUUUUAAACGCAAUACCAGUUAUUCUAUAUGAGGUAAUGUUUGUCCUGAAUAUUGAUCAAAUGUAUAAUGUCUGUUAUUAUUACCUAAUUAUUUUUUUAUUAUGGGAGAGAGCAGUCUUUAAGACUGAUGGUCGUAAACAAAUCUCUAUUCACUGACAGUAUUAUUUUUGCUGCACUUUGCUCGUUUGUUUAAAUAGAGGUCAGAUAAGAAGGAUUUAAAUACAGUUUGGCAUCUAUUAAAGGUUUAAAAUAAUUUAAAUAAUGAGAGUGAACUUCCUAAAAGAGAGUGACAUACACUUAACCUCAAAAACCGUUGUCUUUUUAUUGGGAAAAAAAAAAAAACAUUUUGUAUAACCAAACCAGAGCUGUAAAAAUAGACCAGUUCCAUACAUUUGUGAAGAAAUUACAAGGUUUAAGUUGGGGUGUAAACCUGUACCUGAGCAAUUUUUGUUCCAAUCAAAUCACAUACAUAUUAUUUAUACUUUAAAGAACAAAUUGAAAUGCAUUCUAUUUUCUCCUUAAUACUGAAUUUCAAUAGUUUCAAUUUUUAAAGACAACUGGGAUUAAAUUUUUACUAGCAAUAAUCUAAAAAGUCACAUACAUAAUUUCUUUUUAAAUGCAUGGUUACACAUCCUCUUGAUUUUGUGACAGUGAUCCAGUGAUCCAGUUAGGUAAGAAUUUCAUCAGUCUCUUCAGUUUCAAUUCAUUGUAGGCCACUUCUCCAGUAACUGCGUGCUUUGUGUUUAAGUAAUAUAUAACACACAAAAAAUGCUUUCUUCAGUUGACAAAUGUGAGUUCUUGGAAUAUACUUGGAAUACAUUAUACAAUGUCCAUUUUUUUAUGGAUAAGAGAAAAAGAGAAAAGCUUAUACGGUGUUCAACACUGUGUCUAGGUGCAUCCUUUUCUGUCCAUGUUCCACAAAGGACCUUGACCUAGAGCUUUCCUCGCUAAUGAGAACUUGGGUGGAAGAGGAAAUUAAGUGCAGAAAAAGGAGCAGAACGCAUAUGGAUGAACUGAAAGAGUGGACAUUUGAGAUAUUAUGCUGUGAAGUGUCUUGCCUCAUUUACAGAGCACAGAAGGUGAAAAACAUCAGAUUCUAUGUGAAGGUUCCAUUGCACAAAAUCGUACCGUACUUUUUUUUUUUUAUGUCUAAAUUCAUACUCUGUGAGAGGGCCUACUCAAUCUAACCAGUACAGUGACAUUAUUCUGUUAUCAAAAAUCAAGUUUCAAGUCUGUUCAGAAAAGAGUUAGCAUUGCAGCUAAUCCACUAUUCUAGGCUUUUUAAUAGGAGCCCUCAGGCCAGAUAGUAUUAAUUAAAAGACAACAAAUAAUAAAGGGCAUGUAGGUACUUUUAUGUUAAUUGGACUUUUAUAAGUAAAUUUUAAUUAAAAUAUUGGCAAAUAUUUAAUUUUUGAUAAUACUUACUUCUUAGUAACCUAUAGGAUAUUUUAUAAAUUCUUUAUUUUUAGACGAAUAAAGAAACAUCAGACUAUCAAAAAACUGGCCUUGGAUACAACGAGGUUCACAUUAUUUACAGAAUCUGUCACUACCUGAUGUUCAUUACAGGAGCUGCCAUCAAUUCACUGCAUUCAAGCCGAGCUAUACGCUACAGUCGGUGGCUUUAUACUGUUUAUAUAGACAUCGGGAUUAUAUCAUAUUGAACUUAAUUAAGAAAUAUAGUCCAGCACUAUUGAGGAGCUAAUUAUGUACCUGGGUACUCAUUGCUAUAAUACACCAGGUGAGCUUUAAACAUGUAUGAAGUAAUUGUGACAAGCUAUUUUUAGAGCACUGACAUUAACAUGUGUUGAGAAUUAAAGGGUAUGUUGUUGCCAUGGGCAACUAUUGAUGUGACCAUCAAUGUUAACACAAAUGCAAGGUUUAUGUCAGGGGAUAAAUUAGAAAUAAAACCAAAUAUACAAUCCAAUAACUUCAAUGGGCUAUUUGUACACAAAAUAUCAUUAACUCAGAUUCACUGCAAUGUUGUAAAGCAGAUACGAGCCCUCAGGAUCUGAGGGAUCUGAGUUAUGUGCUGUGACUAACACACAGUUCUGGCCUCCUCUGGAGUUGCAGCACAGCAAAUGCAAUCUCAUUUUAGUCGUCAUGACGAUCCGUCUCUAUAAUGAGCGUGUUACACACUUAUGGGACACUAUUACAUAAGCCCUGGUGAUAAAGUCAAUUACUCCAAAAACAGGAAAGCUUUCUAAAGUGUGUUGAAAAUCUCUUAAUCAUGUAUGCCUGGAGAUUCAGAGAUCUGAUAGAAUUAUUUUUCUGUUAUUUGCAAAUACAUGCUUCUGGUAUCUUAACUGAUUGAUGUAAUGGGCAUAUAUUGGAAUUACUUGUUUUAAAUCUCAAACAAUAAGAAAAUUAUAUUUGUUUGUUAUUUGUAUUUGUUAUACUUGUAUCUCUUAAUGUGUUUUUAGCUUUUAUUUAUGAUGCACAAUAACCAGAUAACUAUACUGCAAUGCUUUUAAAAUGUGUAGAUGUGCAUGCCUUCUGAAAAUCUGUACUGUCUGUGUACAGUAUACUGAACAUGAAACUUAGGAGUAUCAGUUUUGAGUAAGGAGGCACUGAAUAUUUGGGAACCUGUCUGUUAGAACUGCAGUUUUAACUCAACUUUUUGCAACCUGGGCUAAAAAGCUACAGCCCAGCUUUGUCUGCUUCCUUUGUUUCAAAGUAAAAGCCCCCUGCUGUGUUUGUAAUUGUGAUUUUAUGACAUUUUAUAAAAAUCUGAAGCAGUGGUGGAAUAAUUUUGUAGCAAGGAGCCACUACUGUGAAAUAUAUGUAUAUAUGUAUCUGCUAGGAUGUUCAUUAUACAAUAAAUAAUUUAAAAUUGUA